AACCUUCAAUUGUGGAUUUCUUUGAGGAUACGAGUGUGAGUGUCACAACGUUGAAAUUAGAUAACUAUUCGCAGUUUGCAUUGCCACUGAGAAUUAAUUGAACUCUGUUUCACUUUUCCCAUGAAACCAUAGAUUUAAUAACAAACAUGGAAAUUCUGAGUAUAUCUGUCACAUUCACCAAAUCUCAAACCUUUCCCUCUCUGAAACCAAACAGACCCCAAAUUCACGAACUCCCAAUAAACAUAAGAAGACUACCCAACAAAAACCAUCAUUCUAAUAUUUCCUCUUCUUCUUGUUCCAUUUCACGUAAUUGUUCAUUUACUAGAAUAGCAGCAACAACAAACCCUUCUUCCUUCACUCCUUCCAUCUCAAAGAACCGCCACUGGAUGGUGCUCAUGGAUAAACCUCCUCACGGGGUCAAUUCCAAGGCACAACUCAUUGAUUAUUAUGUAAACACUCUACAAACAGUUCUCGGCAGUGAGAAAGAUGCUCAAAUGUGUCUGUAUGAUGCUUCUUGGGAUUCACAUUUCGGUUUUUGUUGUGACAUUGAUGAAGAGAUAUCCUCCAAGUUGGCCAGUUUACCCAGGGUCUUAUUGGUUAGACCUGAUCCGGAUUUCAACUUGUUGAGAAAGGACUAUAGUUUAUCAAGUGGCCGACCAUCAAGCUUACAAACUGAUAUGUUGUUCCCUGCGGGAAAUUCAAAGCACUGGCUUGUUAGAAUGGCUAAACCCGGUGUUCGGGUUGUUACCAAAGCUCAGAUUGUUGAUCAUUAUGCUCAAAUUUUGACCAAGGUCAUGGAAAAUGAGAAGGAUGCACAAAUGUGUAUAUAUCAUGUUUCUUGGAAAACCAACUUUGGAUUUUGUUGUGAACUUGAUGAGGAUUGUGCACAUGAGCUAGCUGGUGUUCCUGGUGUCUUGUCAGUUCAGCCAGACGACAAUUUCGAGUCUGAAAAUAAGGACUACGAAGGUAGAAACUUGGAAAAUCGUCUGAAUAUGCCAAAUUCUUCUAAAACAAGUCAGGAAGCUUUGGUGAAAACGAAGAAACUUUUUGUGACAGGGCUAUCAUUUUAUACAUCUGAGAAAACCUUACGUGCCGCAUUUGAAGGCUUUGGUGAGCUUGUUGAAGUUAAAGUUAUUAUGGAUAAUAUUUCAAAAAGGUCCAAGGGUUAUGCAUUUAUUGAAUACACCACAGAAGAGGCUGCAAGUGCAGCACUCAAAGAGAUGAAUGGCAAGAUUAUUAAUGGCUGGAUGAUAGUGGUAGAUGUUGCCAAGACUACCCCACCAAGAUACAACACGCGCCGUGCCAGAUCAUCCGCUUGAAAAGAAAAAGAAGUCAACAAGGUAUGUAACACUGCUAUGAUAUUCUCCGGAGAUGUUUUCGGUAGUAUUUACUAUGCAUACUCCUCGAAGCAAACAUGUUGACCAGGUUUCCUGUUGGUGUGUGAGAUUAAGCAUGCUGCAGUGGACUGGCGAGCGAUAUCGUAGCCUCCACUGGCAUCUGGCUUAGUGUUAAGGUAUCAAAAAGAUGCGAGAAGUCCGGGGUAUGGAUUCUUAUUUGAAAUCUUAACACAAUGUUGGUUGAGAUAGAUGUUCAAAGAAAACUUACCCAACAUUCAGCCAUUUGGUCUAAAUUUUCAUAUUCUCUUAGCUUAAUUAAUAGUAAAUAUGUAUAUUUACAUGAGAAUGGUUAUUUAUUAUGCUUAAUUCUCUUGAUUAAUUAACACUUACUGAUUUGUUUGGAA